CGGGAAACUACACAAAAAGAAGACCAAGACGAUGUAGUUCAACUUAAUAAACAAGUAAGGAACGAUCAUGAAGUUACAGAUUUUCCAGAAGUAGAAUCUUCUUCUCCAGUUGACGAACAACAACACGACACAACGAGGAUUAGGACAAGGACUCUGAGUCUCAAGCAUGACACAGCAGGGCCAGAGGUAGGAGAAGCACCUUUGUUGACACGAAAUGACGGAGACGAUGAGGCUCAGGCCGCGGCAGAUAAAAUGGCCAGUGCCACGGCCAUGGCUGUCGAACACAAACUAAAAGAGCCUUCCGCUGAGGUAGCUUCAGUUGAACCUGAGGUGACUGAAGCGGCGCCGCGCGCACAAGACGUAGCUGUAGACGGCUUCUCCAUCGCGUCAAUGGGCGAAACGCAGGAGGAGGACGAGGAGACUUUUUCUUUUCGAGCAAACCAGACUAAGGAGAAAAACACAUCAAGGAACAAGAUGGACGUGGAAGUAGCCGAUGUUCAGAAUGCGAUGAACAAGAUGAUGAAGAACGCAGAUGAGGAAGCCCCAGAUCAUGUAGACGAGAAUGAGACCAACAAGUCUAAGCAGCUUUCAUCUGGUUCCAGUAGCAAGGAGGUCCUAACUCCAGCAACAAAAGUGUCAACCACGUCUGAUCCUGCUUCUAGAACUAGCAAGGGUUUAGCCGUGCAUAGGUCUUCUUCAAGCUUAGGCGAAAAGCGUCCAGCGGCCUCUAGAAUGAACGACAGAAGGGCCUCUAGAAUGAACGACAGGAGCGCUAGUAGGACCGGUCGUGGGACUUCGACAUCAGGUUCGGCCUCGGCCGACAAUCGCAUAAUAUCGUCUUCCAAUGGAGGCACUGCUGCACGCCCUAGCAAGAAGUUCAUCAGCAGUGCAACCUUGUCGCGUAUGGAGGCACGACGAUCAAAACAGGGCAUGGCUGAGUUUGCGGAUACAGCAACUUCAUUAGACGAGGACUUGGC